UCGAAGCAGGCAAAAGGAGCAUAUUUUUUUAGUUUAAAACAAUUUAACUUUUAAGGAGUAGAUUGCAAAAGCGGCAGUGAUAUCAUAUAAUAUAGAGUUUACUUCACUGACUCAGAAAGUUAUAAUUUUAGUUUACGCAUCUGGUUCUUUCAAUGCUAGUUAGAUCAUAUGUUGAUCAUCUUGAUCAGUUCAACAGUUGACGUGUAAAGGCAGCCCGAGGGCGGCAGUUUUAAAUAUUCGUUUCAUUAUACAUUUUUUCAGAAUGGUUUUGACUGUCAAGUAAAAUUGAAUAUUAAAACAGCUGUUCUCGCGUGCUCUGUAAAAUGGCAUCUAGUUCGACAGUAAAAGCUGACAAGGCAACUCCAGCAUGGAAGAUUCCGGAAGUGAUCUCUGAAAAUGUUGACGUUUCAUUGGAUGUAAGCUUCAAUGUUGUCAAACUGUUGGAUGAAGGUGCAACCAUCCCUUUCAUUGCUCGAUACCGGAAAGAGCAGACAGGAAAUAUGGAAGUUGAUAAGCUGAGAGAAAUAAGCAGUCUUGUUGAAGAAUUGAAGACGGUGGAAUCCAAAAUUGCAUCAGUCAGUGCAGUAAUCAACAGUCAGGGGAAUAUGUCACAGUCCUUGAAUGCUUCUUUAAGGAAUGCUAGAACAUUGCAUGAAGUCGAACUGUUGUAUGCACCAUUUAAACCAGGACAUAAAGGCAGCCUGGCUGAGCGAGCUCGUAAGCUAGGACUGGAACCACCAGCCAUGAAGAUAUUAGACGGAAGACUGGUCGCUCUCAAACAAUUUAUUAACACAGAAGAAAAAGGUCUUUCAAAUGAAGCAGCUGUGGAGAUUGGUAUUCGACACAUUAUCGCAGAUUUUAUUUCCAAAGACAAGGACAUAAUGAAUGAAGUUCGCAGAUUGUGCACAAACUCUAAUGUAACCAUUGAGACAAGCCAGUCAAAAACAACAUCAAAAGUAAAGGCAGAUAAAGAAAAUGAAAAAAAAGUCAAAGAUUUCAAGAAACCGAAAGAUCAGUCUUACAAAUUUGAACAAUAUUUUGAUUACAAGAUUCCUGUAAAAUAUAUACAGUCACAUCAGGUGUUGGCAAUCAACAGAGGUGAAGAUAAAAAAAUAUUGGUUGUCAAGGUCAUAAUACCAGACUUUGUGAAGAACAAACUGACUUUAUUUUCACACCGCAAGUGGAUUCAUCAUAAUACGUGUGACCAGGCUCGUAUACUGAUACAGAAGAGUGUCACUGAUGCCUAUGACAGACUAAUACAGCCUCAGAUGUCUCGGCUUAUUAGAUCUGAUCUUACGAAAAAAGCCGAAAAGGAAUCCAUAUUGGUGUUUGCUUCCAAUCUGAACAGUCUCCUGCUGACACCGCCUGUUCGAGGGAAGACGGUACUUGGUGUAGAUCCUGGCUUCUCGCAUGGCUGCAAGUGUGCGGUGAUAUCCGUCACAGGUCAAAUAUUGGAUACAUUUAUUGUGCACCUUAAUUACAAGUCACAGAACACAUUUGAAGACCAGCAGAAAAUCAUAGAUGCCGUUAAUAAAUUCAGGUGUGAAGUCAUUGCUAUUGGCAAUGGUGUUGCCUGCAGAGAAACUGAAAAGGCAAUAGGAAACCUGAUUCAGAAAAAGAGAUUUAAUGUCCGUGCAAUUGCUUACUGCAUAGUAGACGAGUGUGGAGCAUCUAUCUACAGUGUGUCCGAUGAGGCAAAGAAAGAGAUGCCACAGUUGGACCCGUCUCUCCGGGGGGCAGUUUCCAUAGCUAGAAGACUACAGGAUCCUUUGUCAGAAUUUGUCAAAGUAGAAGCAAAACAUCUUGGAGUAGGAAUGUAUCAGCACGAUAUAUCUGAAAGUCGGCUGAAGACGUCCCUGGAUUCCGUGGUUGAGGAAUGUGUCAGUUUUGUUGGGGUUGAUAUCAACACGGGCAGUGAAUGUCUUCUCAGGCGAAUAGCCGGUCUGAAUGCCUCUAAAGCCAAGCAGAUUGUUGAGUGUCGUGAAAAGAAUGGUGCCUUCUUGAACAGACAGCAACUACUGAGCGUCAAAGGACUGGGUCAGAAAGGCUUUGAACAAUGUGCUGGCUUCAUCCGAGUUCUUCAUGACUUUAAUGAUCCGGAUAUAAGACAGAAAUGUGAAGAAACUGCUGAACCUGAAUGUGACUCAGAAGUAUCUGCCAAAUCAGGUCGUGGCAGAAAAAGAAAGGCAGGCACAACUCGAAAAGCAAAGAAAAUAAAACUGGAUGAAAAUCAAGCACCUAAUCCAUUAGACAUGACAGCCAUACAUCCAGAAUCUUAUCACAUUGCAAUGAGCUUCCUAAAAGAGCUUGGUAUGUCAGUUCUAGACAUUGGUCAAAGCAGAUUCAUCGAUAGAGUGACACAAGAGGUAGCCGUAAAAGGUGUGGAAAAACUUGCAAAAUCAUUUGAAAUUGGAGAACCAACUAUGAAAUUGAUCACAGAUGCUCUUUCAAAACCCAUUUCUUACGACAUCCGAGAUAGCUUUGACAAACCAUUAUUCAAGGAAGGUGUUACUGCAAUAGAGAGCCUUAAAGUUCAUCAAAAACUGACAGGUCGUGUGACCAAUGUGACUAAUUUUGGAGCAUUUGUUGAUAUAGGAGUUGGUCAGAAUGGCCUGAUACACGUCAGUCAGAUGAAGGAAGGAUUAAAAGGUCAUUCCGGACUUCAACUAGGAGAUCACGUAGAUGUCGAAGUCAUCAAUAUAGAUAUAAAGAGACAGAGAAUUGGCUUAAGACUCAUUCGUCUUACAAGUAGUUGAUAAAUCCAAAAUAUGUCUGAAUAAUUAUUAAGUUAUUCAGUAUUACUGUGAUGGAGAAAAAUUUUCAUGUAUGCUGUUCAUUGAAUGGGUGUUCCACAAAUGGAGGCAGAAUCUUUUGGCUUUUGCCAUUCUAACCUUCGCAGGAUAAAGCUGGUAUGUUGAGAGAGUAACCAAUUAUUCUGGAAAGUCAUGUCAAGACUUACUUUGCUUUAUUAUCCACAUGGUUCAACAUAACCGAGUUAAUAAUAAUCAUAACAAACACACGUGUAAAAACAAGGGUGAUGACGUAGUUUUGGGCCUAGUUCAGACUAUGCAAUUUGAAAUAUGACAUUUCAUCAUCUCCUUCUAGUUGUGGCUGAAACAUUUUGAGUUGGGUCUUGUUAAUCAUAAAGAAAACAAUAAUAAUAUGGACAAUAAAGAAAUUAUUACACUUGCGUGCGA